AUGGCGACGACAAAGGUCUUGGUUCUUGGAAGUGGCAUGGUCGCUCGACCAUGCGUAGAAUACCUCGUUCGCAAUGCGAAAAAUGAGGUCACCGUAGCUUGUCGAACACUCUCCACUGCGCAAACGCUCAUCGCAGGGCUGCCCCAUACCAAGGCCAUCACCAUCGACGUGAGCUCCACCAAAGCUCUUGAUCCGCACAUCGCGGCUCACGACCUUGUGAUUUCCUUGGUUCCGUACGUUUAUCAUGCCACUGUCAUCAAGUCAGCCAUCAAGGGCAAAACGAACGUUGUCACGACUAGUUAUGUAUCACCCGCCAUCAAGGAACUGGACACCGCCGCGAAGGAAGCGGGCAUCACCGUCUUGAAUGAAGUCGGAGUUGAUCCCGGCGUGGACCAUUUGUAUGCCGUCAAGACGAUUGCUGAAAUCCACAACAAAGGCGGAAAGGUAAAGGAAUUCUACUCUUAUUGCGGCGGUCUACCAGCACCAGAAUGCUCGGAUAAUCCACUCGGUUUCAAGUUCUCCUGGUCUCCUCGCGGCGCGCUCCUCUCUCAACAAAACUCUGCUAUUUUUUUGGAGAAGGGGGCAGUGGUCGAAAUACCGGCCCAGGAGCUUAUGGCCAGAGCAAAACCAUAUCAUGUCAUGGAUGGAUAUGAUUUUGUUGCUUACCCCAACCGCAACUCCGUCCCGUUUCGUGAGUUUUAUAACAUUCCCGAGGCACAUACCGUAAUUAGAGGAUCUCUGCGAUAUGAGGGCAAUCCUGCCUUUGUUAAGGCCUUGAUGGAUCUUGGAUGGCUGGAUACCGAGAAAAAGAGUUGGCUGAAAGAUGGAUUGACAUGGGCGGAAAUAUUGCAGAAAAUCACAGACGCUGAAGCAUUGUCCGAGAAUUCCCUGACAAGUCGCAUCAAGGAAAUUUGCAAAUUCACGAGCGAAGCUGAAAGUGAGCGCAUAAUCUCCGGCUUGCGGUGGAUGGGAGUUCUCUCGUCUGAGAAAGCCACAAUAACAGGCGGGAACCUUUUGGAUACUCUUUGUGCUCAGUUAGAAAAACUCAUGAGUUUCCAGCCUGGUGAACGAGACCUGGUGAUGCUGCAACACAAAUUCGUGGUUGAAUGGGCUGAUGGAAAGGAGGUGAGUUUCAAUCCCGCACACUGCUCUUCAACAGAUUCUCAUGCUCAUAACAAGGCUGUCUUCACAUCUACGCUUGAACUUCUCGGAAAGCCUGGGGGAUAUUCUGCCAUGUCGCUCUCCGUCGGGGUCACGUGUGGUAUUGCGACGCAACUGCUGUUGGAUGGACAUCCGGCAUUGAACGUUCCUGGUGUUCUUGCUCCGUACACCAAAGAAAUAUGUGAUCCUAUUAGGGACCUCCUUGAGCAAGAGGGUGUCAAGAUGGUCGAAAAGCAAGUUUCUUAA